GAUCGAUCGAACCAUCCAGUCGGCUCGCUAAAAUUAGCCGAGAUGCGUCCCAAGAGCGUCCCGACAAGCGCCGUGCGCCCCUUCAGCACCAGUGCCCACCUCCGGCCGCCGACGCCCGAGCGACGGGCCAAACCGUCUGGCCACCGCCACCACCGCCGCGCACCGCCACCCAAUUUACCCCUCGACACCAGCGGUCGAUUCGUCACGCAUGACCCAGCGCCGGUCCCUGCUACGCGGCCGCCUCGCAUCAUUCCCAACCAAGAAUCGAUCCACGACAUUAUCGCGACGUACCGGCGCAUGGUGCUGGCGCCAACGGUGGACGCGUCGCAUCCCAAGGCGCCCGCGCGGCCAAAGUCGGCAGCGCCCACGAGCUCGCUCCGGACAACCAACCCAGUUGACUUUACGUCGAGCGUCCUAUCGGGACAGCCCGUGCCAAUCGUGCGCAUGCCGGACGUUCCGGUGCUGUUUGCCAAGAUUGGGCGGCGGCCGCGGUCGCAGGGCCAGCGACCUGCCAGUGCGACCGCGGCCAGCGCGUCGAGCGUCGAUGAGCUCGGAAAGCGCCGUGUGACGAUCCGCAUGACGCACUUGGGCUUGUCGUGAGCGACAAGGCUUUGCUCUUGGAGGGUGGCGUCAUACAUGUAUACACUGGAAGGGCAACUGUCUAAUAGCAUCAAAAGCUCCACCGUCCUUGGGGGUGAUGCGUACGCA